UAAACAAGGCUUUGGGCGCGCUAGGUACCAUUUCUUUCUGUUUCCGAGAACCGCGGCCCUCGAGCGCAAUACAGUCUCCUUCACACGCGCGAUCCUACUCCAAGGCUCCGCCGCUCUUGCCUGUAGCCCGCGUGCUGCCCCGCCCUCGCCCUCGCCCAGCCUUGCGCGCUCCCCCGCUGCACAUCGCACACGACCUCACUGCCCCCAUUGCACCAUGGCGGCCGACAUGGACAUCGACUUCACGCGCCGCAACAAGAAGCCCCGCCCGCUGACGGAGCAUGAGAAGGACAAGCUGGACGAAUUCAUCGAGGCGAUCCACUACUCGGCACGAUACUCAGACGAGGAGUACGAGUACCGCCACGUGCAGUUGCCCAAGCAGAUGCUUAAGCAGAUACCCAAGGAGUAUUUCGAUGGCAGCCGUGGCACGCUGAAGCUGCUGUGGGAAGAGGAAUGGAGGGCGCUGGGCAUCACUCAGAGUCUCGGGUGGGAACACUACGAGGUCCAUGAGCCCGAGCCGCACAUCCUGCUCUUCAAGCGCCCGAUCAACUACCAGGCCCCGAUGCACUGAGCAACCGACCAAGGCCCACCCGCAAGCCGCGGUCCCUGAAGCCCGAGAGCCCUACCGCGACGGCCUCUACGUGCCACGAUACGACGAGCUGGAACACGCCUUUGGGGCUAUCUAUCCUCAUAGUCUUAUUUGUUCAUUUCGAGCGAAUGCGGUCCAACUGUUUAAUGACGACAUGAGCAUGGCGGAAUGGACGAGCUGGGACAUCAUUUUCCCGCGUAACUGGCGUUUGAUAUUGCAUAUCUUGGAUUGUCGACGACUGACGGCUUUUGUACAUAGGCGCAGACUUACGCGCUCUCGCCAAAGUAGCGGCGCUGAAUAGAACAGCUUCCAUCAUGCUUCUCCCCUUCCUUCUUUGAGAAGAUGUUUGAAAUUCGGCAUGCCGUGACUUCUCGGUAGUCUCCAUCCUGCGUUUGCAAUGGCAUUAAUAACCUU